UAACGCCUAGCAUGUGUUUGUGCAAACUAUACAUGAUGCACCACUCACACACGCAUACGCCAAGAAACCUGCCCGAUCGACGCGAGCCUACGGCUUUACCGACAGCGCCGCGUCCUUCACUCGUCCUCAAGCCACCAAAUGGAAUACGUGCUAUUUAACCUAUAAUUUUUUUACACCUUGUAUUUUUCUGGUUAUUAAACCAAUUUUUUAUUGAAAAGGUAUUAGCACUCAUUUCUCCGCCAAAUCAUCCCAGCAAUCAAGUACCGGCGUUCACAUUUUUGGUCCUUCGAGCCGGAUAUUUUACCAGCGACGAACAAAGAACAAAGGAAAUACUUCGCUGACGUGAUUUUGGCUGUGACUACGUGGAAGUUUUCAAUCAUUUCAAACAUCGGAUUCAUUGGAAAUAGGACGAGUCAUCCGAUUUUAUACACAUCUACGACUUCUACGUGGCUUGAAGAUAAUUUAUACGAGGACAAAUACGAUUGGGAGAAGAAAUCUGAGAGUGAGAGUUGGGAGACAAAUAGAUCGACGGCGCCGACACAGGGAAAUAUCAUUUAUAAGUUAAGUUCUAAGUGAGACUGGCAAACCGUAAGUUCGUUCCGUUUGUUCGUUCCGAAAUCAUUAAUUUCAAACACAAUCCUUUAUUUGUGUAUUUACUUCCCAAUUAAAUUACAUAUUUGUCCCGUAACCCUUAUUCUGCAAUUAACGUCCACGAAUCCUUUAUUUUGUGGUAUCGUUAAAAACGUAUUUCACGUUAUACUUGCAAAUCCUUCAUUUUGCAAGUCUUCUCACAUUCAUAUACCUUUUAGUAACGUUAAGGUUAAUAACGUUAACGGAUAUUUCUUAAUAACGCUCACAAAUCCAUUAUUUUGUGUUGUCGUUACAUUCGUAUUACACGUUUCUUGCAAAUCCUUCAUUUUGCAAGACAUAUCAUAUUCAUAUACCUUUUAGUAACGUUAAGGUUAAUAACGUUAACGGAUAUUUCUCAUUAACGCUCACAAAUUCAUUAUUUUGUGUUGCCGUUAUAAACGUAUUGCACGUUAUUCGCAAAUCCUUUAUUUUGCAAAUUAUUCAUACUUAUACAUACUUAAAUACGUUAACGAUCCGUUAUUCUGUUAACGAGUUAUUUCUAAUUGCACUUAGCAACAAUAUUUCCUAUUCGCAUUCUCAUCAUAAACAGGUUAAUUCUGUUAUCUUUGCAAUCACUUCAUUUACGCUUCGUGCAUUAUUGCUCAUAUUUUCCUUAUUGUUAAACAAAGUGCAUUCCGAUAUCCGCGCUGUUGGGCUGGCGCCUGGCUGGCUCGGACACCGCGCGCUCGCUGCGAGCUGUUGCUACGCGCUUGCACCGCUUGACUUUUUGCAGUUUUUACGCGCACCCUCACUCCGCUGCUUUUGUACUAAUUUAAGUAAUCGUUUCAAAUCUUUAUUUUUUAACUUAAUUGCAUUGCAAUGCAACUGUUGUUUUUCUAGCAACUCAUUUCAUCGCAUUGGUUCGUUAUAAAUUACAUUUUAGCUAUAAACAAGCUGUCAGUGCCAACUUACACUGACACAUAUACUCAAUUAAUUAACUCAUUAUUUUGCCUUUAAUUUAUAAUUUUUAAAAUGGUUGAUAUCAAACCUUUGAUUAAAAGGCGUGCCUCAUUCAAAGCUAAGCUUACGCUGUUUGAAAGCCAUCUAACAACUGUCGAAAGUUGUGAUCGCUUGAGUAGAUUGCAAAUUUCUGAAUUAAAUCACCGUUUAUCAAAAAUUGAAGAAAUAUAUUCAGAAUUUGACUCCGUUCAGUGUGAUAUAGAGAACGAAUUGGAAAUUCCAGAUGAGCAGUAUAAAGAACGCGAGGCUUUCGAGAGCAAGUACUUCGGGCUCGUCGCGCGCGCGCGCGAGCUGCUGGCGGCGGCCGCGCCGGCGCCGGGCGCCUCUGCGGGCGGCGACGGCUCGGAGACAGGUUCUUGUGUUACUGCGAUUGGAGGUGGGACAAAACUUAAACUUCCUACUAUAGAUAUGCCUAGCUUCUCGGGCCAUUAUCAUGACUGGUUGGAGUUCCGUGACACAUUUAGUAGUCUCAUACAUUCAAAUGAUUCAAUUCCAAACAUUAAUAAAUUUCAUUACUUGCGCGCCGCGCUAAAGGGUAGUGCCGCGAUAGUGAUUCAAUCUUUAGAUUUUUCCAGCGAUAAUUAUACAUCAGCUUGGGAACUACUUUGCGAUCGUUAUAAUAAUAAAAGAUCUUUAGUGAACAACCAUAUUCAGGCAAUUUUUAACAUAGAACAAUUGUCAAAAGAAUCGUCUAGAUCAAUAAGAAACCUUAUUGACACGAUAAAUAAAAACUUAAGAGCACUCAAAUCACUUGAUCUACCUACUGAGCAUUGGGAUGUUCUCAUAAUUCAAAUAAUAUCAAGCAAAUUAGAUACAACUACACAUCAUAAAUGGGAAUCGUAUAGGAAUAAAUUAAAGGAGCUCCCUACACUUCAAAUGUUUAACGAUUUCCUUAAAGAUCGGGCUGACUUACUAGAAUCAACUGAAAUCUCUAAUAAAAAACGUCGGUCUAGCGACACUACGCACAGUCGACAGAAGGCGUUGACAGCUAAUACCUAUUUCCCCACUCGCAAGUAUGCUUGUCCGUUUUGCAAUCAAGACCACGCACUGUAUCUAUGUCCUAAGUUUAAAACAUUAAAAUUACAAGCUCGCGUUGAUAAAGCUAUGGCACUCAAGGUUUGCUUAAACUGUUUACGCGUGGGCCACAAUGAAAAAACGUGUAGGCUGAAUUCGUGUCGCACAUGUGGAUUACAGCGCAAUAGUCUGUUGCAUGAACAUACAACUCCUGCGCCUUCGCCUUCGUCAAAUGACGUCGCGCUGCAUUCUUUGCCGCAGCCUGACGACGAUGAACAAUUUUCUAGUCCAGUUCAAGAAAUUUCUAUGUCAGCCGUAAAUAAUAAUAGCAUGCUACUGUCAACGGUCUUAAUUCAAGUGACAGACCACAGUGGUAAAAAACAAACAAUACGAGCGUUACUCGAUAAUGGUUCAACCGCGAGUUACGUUACUGAAAGUUUAUGCACAAAAUUAAACUUACCUACUUCUUCAGCUCCGACAAUAGUCGACGGAUUAAAUUAUCAAACAUCACGUUUGUCAAAAAGUUGCGACGUACUUAUAUCGUCAUUACUUAAUGAUUAUCAUGAAAAGGUGCCCUGUUUUGUAGCAUCACGUAUAACUCAACCGUUGCCAGUGUCUCGAAUUGACCGUACAACGUUAAACAUACCGCCACACAUUAGGUUGGCAGAUCCCACAUUUGAUGUACCUGCUCCAGUAGACAUGCUACUUGGAUCAGGAAUAUUUUGGUCAGUACUUGGUACUCAUAAAAUUCCAUUAGGUAAAAAUAAACCAACUUUAUGGGAAACCAAAUUGGGUUUCUUAGUUACAGUUUCAUCAAAACAAAACUUACCAUCGAAAUUUAAUACAGUCCAUUGCAACCAUAACAUUAAUUUAUACUUACAACAUUAUGAUAAACAAUUAAAUGAUCAAAUUUCUUAAUUCUUUGAAUUAGAAUCAGUAAGCUUCAACGUAUAAUCGCAUACGUUCAUCGGUUUAUUCACAACUGUCGUAACCCGCAAAACAAACACACUGGCACACACUGGUUACAUAAAAAUUAAUGAACUAAAUUUGUCCUUGAAUUCAAUGUGCAGAUUCGUUCAGCUUGAAAGUUUUAUUUCAGAAUAUGACUUAUUAAAAAACAAAAGGCAAUUGUCUGCCAAUAAUAAAUUGCUACAAUUGAAUCCAUUUUAUAACACAAAUGAUAAACUGUUACGAGUAGGUGGCAGCCUCUGUAACUCAUUUUAUGAUUAUGACACUAAACACCCAAUAUUGCUUGAUUCAAAGCAUCAUUUAGCCACUUUAAUAUUUAGACACUAUCAUACUAUGUGUUUACAUGCACCUCCGCAACUAUUACCUACUUGCAAUAUUGCGUCACAAAUUCUGGUUUAUCAAUGGUCGUAACCUGGCGAGAAAAAUCAUUGAAAAUUGCAUUAGAUGUCGUCGUUAUGCAGGCAAGAGCAUUCAACCCAUAAUGGGCAAUCUUCCUUCACCACGGCUACAUACUGACUAUGUUUUUGCUAAUACCGCGUGUGACUACGCCGGACCAAUCAUGAUACUGAACCGAAGAGGUCGAGGCAGUAGACUGAUAAAGUCGUACCUCUGCAUAUUUGUUUGUCUGGCCGUAAAAGCAGUUCACAUAGAACUUGUCACCGAUUUAAGUAGUAACACUUUCCUCUCAGCACUAGAUCGAUUCAUCGCCCGCAGAGGAAAGCCUCAAAAUAUUUUCUCAGACAAUGGGACUUGCUUCACAGGCGCAUGUAAUGAGUUGUCUAAAUUCUUAAAAUCAAACAGUAAUCAGCUCAAAAGCAUCCGAGUUGUUCAUAAACUUUAAAUUUUCACCAGCAUAUACAGUCCACACUUUAAUGGAUUGGCCGAGGGUUCCGUAAAAUCUGUAAAAUACCACCUAAAAAGGGUCUUAGGUUUAGCCCACUUAACAUAUGAAGAUUUAAAUUCAGUUCUCACUUCCAUCGAGGCUACCCUUAAUUCUAGGCCUCUCACCCCAUUAUCAUCCGACCCUUCAGACCUUACAGCACUCACCCCCGCUCACUUCUUAAUCGGACGAACGCUAACGAAGUUGCCUUCUCCUCAGAGCUCUGACCCUGUGGCGAUACCUACUCUCUCACGAUAUAUGAGGAUUCAACAAUUAAAAGCCCAUUUCUGGUCCCGAUAUUAUAUAGAAUAUAUUACAGAGCUCCAGAAACAACAGAAAUGGCGCAAGCAAGGCCAGCAACUCCAAUUAGGAGAGAUGGUGCUGGUGAAAGAUGACCGGCUGCCUCCCAACCGAUGGCUGCUGGGGCGCGUGACGCGCCUCUACCCCGGCUCCGACGGCGUGACCCGCGUCGCCGACGUACACACCACCUCGGGGACUCUUCGACGAGCCUUCAACCGACUGUGCCCGCUACCAGUCAUAGACACGAACUUCUUUCCUGAGGCCGCAACAUGUUAACGCCUAGCAUGUGUUUGUGCAAACUAUACAUGAUGCACCACUCACACACGCAUACGCCAAGAAACCUGCCCGAUCGACGCGAGCCUACGGCUUUACCGACAGCGCCGCGUCCUUCACUCGUCCUCAAGCCACCAAAUGGAAUACGUGCUAUUUAACCUAUAAUUUUUUUACACCUUGUAUUUUUCUGGUUAUUAAACCAAUUUUUUAUUGAAAA